GCAAUAUUCACAAGGAGGAACAAGAGCCAAAGGUCUCAUCCAGACAUAAAGGAGAACCUCCUCUGUGAAUGUUGGCUGACAUGGAGGGGAUCACAGGAGUUAUGAUGGUGUUGUGCCUUAUUGGCUUAAGUAAUGCAAAUACCAGUCCUACAAUCAACUCUGUUGUUCAUAAUGUGUGUGAAGACACCCCCAUAGGUGCCCACGUGUUUACUAUAAGGGCAACAGAUGCAGAAAAUGACCCAUUGACGUAUUCACUCACUGCGCCCAAUGCCGAAUACUUCACAGUUGAGAGCAACACCGGGCGUGUAUCAGUCAGGAUGACACUGGAUAGAGAGGUGUUUAGUGUAAUGGAACUUGGAGUUCUUGUCGAUGAUGGUUCCAAUAGAACACCAGGACAAUUAACUAUAAUAUUGGAAGACGCCAAUGACAACCGACCCAUAUUCCAGAACACUCCAUAUGACAUUGUGAUCCCAGAAAACACCACUGUAAAUGCGACUCUUUUUAGGGCAAUGGCCACUGAUGGAGACACUGGAAGUAGUGCUGUUGUUCGAUACAGCAUUGAUGAAGUUACUCCAAAUGAUGGAGUCAGUCAUUUUAUAAUUGUUCCUGUAACUGGGGAAGUGAAAUUAAAUGGACAACUGAAUUACACUGCAUUGAGCACGUUCUAUCGGCUGAAGAUUAACGCAACUGAUGGCGGAGGCAAAUGUUUUUAUAAUACAACCAAUUACUUGUCAAGCAUCGCUUUUUCCUUCAUUACGGUUAUGGAUGUCCCAGACCUCGACCCACAGUUCCUUAGUAUUCCCUACGUAGGGAGAGUUGAAGAGAACGCUCCUUUGGGCCAUUCUGUGUUUAAAGUGACUGCCCUAGACCAGGACACGGGAGUCAAUGAUGAUAUAAUCUACAGCAUUCAAGAUUCCACAGCAGAGGGCCUGUUUGAAAUCUCAGAAACUGAUGGCGUCAUAUCUGUACUGUCGCAUAUUGACAGAGAAGAUAUUGGUGACACUGUUACCCUGACUGUAAAGGCUACUGAGUCUAAAGCAAACAUCCACGGGUUCCAAGCCAGCACCACAACAGAAGUACAGAUCAACAUCAUCGACGUCAAUGACAACAUGCCGCAGUUUUACAAAUGUGGAGAUGAGUGUGUGAUGGAGAGUCACUUCACAGGAGAGGUUGUUGAGCACGUGUUGGGCUCUGUUUUUAUCAACAUGACUGUCAAAGAUCGGGAUAAGAUUGCCCAAACUUAUCUAACCCUGGAGGGAAAUUACACAGACGUGUUUUCUGUGCAACCGCAAUUUACAACGUCAGACAGCAUCGUUCAACUGCAGGUCAAGGAUCCCCAAAAACUGGAUUUUGAAAAAAUACAGCAAAUGGUUCUGCAAGUCAUUGCCAUAGAUGGAGAAAAUGACACCUUCCAGUCCACUGCAACAGUUACUAUUAACAUCAAGGAUGCCAAUGACAACAGCCCUACGUUCAUGCAGACCACGUAUGAGUUGAAUGUUACUGAGCACUCUCCUGUUGGGACAAUAUUGGACACCUUAACUGCAUACGAUCCUGAUACGAUGGAUCAAGGCAAAAUAACCUACACGCUCCUUCCAGACAGCAUACUACUGUAUUUUGAUGUGGAGCCACAUAACGGCGCAGUUUACGUGAAAAACGCAACUCUGCUGGACCGUGAGGUCAGAUCUCUGUAUUCAGCCACUCUGCAGGCCAGAGACACAGACGGCAAGCCUGGCAGCACAGUGCUGGAGAUCACUGUAACUGACAUCAACGACCACGCCCCGAUCAUCAACAGAGACACUUACCGGGAGUUUGUUAAAGAGGGUGAAAAGCUUGAACUUCGGAUAGAGGCAACUGAUGCAGAUGACUCUGAUACCAAAAACAGUCAAAUAGUGUUUGGAAUCGUACCAAGCAAGUACAGUGAUAACUUCACCAUCGACUCUGACACCGGUGUGUUAACAAACAUGGUUGAGCUUGAUCGUGAGGCCCUGGACCCGAAGCUGAACGGGAUGAUUGAGCUCAAUGUAACUGCUACUGACAAGGGUACACCACCAUUAUCCACCAUGGUCACCGUUAUCAUCAUUGUAGAGGAUGUCAAUGACAACACACCACAAUUUAAAGCCUCCUCUUACAAAUUCUCUGUCAAAGAAGGACAAAAAGGUGCCUUUGUGGGUUCUGUUCAGGCAGAAGAUUUGGACCAAACAGCAGAGUUUGAGCGCAUUUCUUUCAGCAUUAUUGAAGGAAGCUUUGGCAGCUUCAUCAUUCGCACCUUCGCAGAGGAGCAGGGUUACAGGGGAAACAUCACUGUGGACCCUGACAUUGAGCUGGACUACGAGAGUGCUCGCAAGCAAUUCCGACUGCAGGUAGAGGCAACAGAUCUGGAACAGAAGAAAGCCGUAGUGACGGUGGAGGUGGACGUGUUGGAUGUGAACGAUGAAAGGCCCGAGUUCAAGCCAUCAGACCCAGUGACAGUGAAGGAGAACAUCGCCAGUAGCGGGGCUGUUGGGAGCUUUACAGCGCAGGACAAAGAUGGAAACCACUCACUGGUCUACGAGCUGGAAUCCAUCAAAUGCAGAUGCAACGGUUCUCUGACACCCUGCAGCUGGUUUAUUCUGGAUCCAACGGGGGAAGUCAGAGUCAACCUGGAGCACACAGUGGAUUAUGAAGAAUGUGACCAGGUGCUGAUGGAGGCUCAGGUGGUGGACGAGUACACGGAGAAAGGAGAGAACAACAGCGUCACAGCAGGACAAAUGGUGAUCAACAUUGAAGACAUCAACGACAAUGCUCCCCAAUUCAUUUUCUCAGAUUCUGUAUUUGUUGUGGUGUCAGAAAGUGCAAGCAAGGGGACAUCGGUAGCAGGAGUCACUGCUACAGACCGUGACUCUGGAAUAAAUAGGCAGAUUGACUUUAAAGUAACUGCAGUCCAAUUCAGAGACAGCAACAAUCAAACAAGUGACACGAAGAUUCUGUUCGAGGCCAUCACCACACAGCAAAAGGACAUAUAUAUUGGAAUUAUUCAAACUAGCGAGGCACUUGACAUAUCACUGAAAGGGAAGUAUUUGGUAACAGUAAGUGCAACUGACACCGGCGACCUCUCCACCAGCACUGUACUGGAGAUUUUCGCAGUUGAUGAAUCAUAUCAAGUGGAACUUGCAUUUACAAGACCCCAAACUCUUGUUGAAGAAAACAUCAAUGAAAUCAUCAGAGCUCUUACUGCUGCAACCAAGGCUGCUGUAGAAAUCGCUUCCAUCAGGUUUGACACUGCUCAAGCAUCCAGGGAUUCAGGUAACACCAUCAUAGUGGCAUAUUUUGUCUACUCCAACGGGACUGCUCUUACCUCUAAUGAAGUGGAAAAGAUGAUCUCUGAUCCUGAACACGCUGGUGUACUUAUAGAUCUUGGCCUUGCGGACAUUGGUAAGGCUCCUGUGAUCGAAACAGACACUGACCCUUUGAAGUACGCCCUGUUCGGGAUGGUGGCCGGCCUCGUCAUCGUGAUGGCCGUGCUCACCACUUCACUGAUGUGCACUCGCAGAAACUACAGCAGGAAGCUGAAGGCCGCUAAAGCCAUGAACUCUGCAGCCAUGGUGACUUCAGGCAACCAGAAAAGUGGUCCUGUGGUGCCGGGAACCAACAAGUACACCAUGGAGGGGGCGAAUCCGGUUCUCAACCUCAACAUCGACACAACCAUGAUCCUGGACAUGGACGAGGAGAGCUCAGACGUGGACAAAGUCAGCCUGAACUCCCUGGCCUCCAGCAAUUAUGAUAAAACUAACAUGAUGAGCAUCCAGGAGGAGGAGUAUGAUGACAGCGGGCCACCGGAGUACAUUGAGCCUCUGGGUGCAGCCCUGGCCCACCGGGGCCAAAAGAAAGGCUCCGACAAUCCUCACAUUGGUUUUAGUAACCCUGCAUUCAGCACUACAGACCUGUGAUGGAUAUAAUGAUGGCCUCGGAUGGACAUCAUGUUGCUUCUCUGUAAUCAGUCAAACACAUUGAUGGCGUUGGAUGAAGUCUUUGUGUCCCCAAGUAGCUUUCUGUUGUGACCAAUUGUAAUGAGUUAUUAAUAUAAUGCACAAGCUCAAGUGAUGAAUUUGCUAUGUCAAAACAUUCAAUUCAAGGAAUAACAAUAAAGAAAACCAAAAUUGGAGACGUUACUCUGUGAAGACAAUAUAAUGAUACCACAUAGUGUAUCGAUAUUGUGAAAUCUGGUUUGGUUAUUUAAUAGACAGUUUUGUUUGUCAAACAGUUAAAGGAAUAGUUUGAGAUUUUGGGAAAUAUGCUCAUCCUCCAGCUAGCCUGAAAAACAGCCUUACAGCACCUCAGAAGCUCAGCUGGCUGUUUCCAGUCUUUAGGCUAAAGUUGGCUAAUUGCCUGCUGGCUGUGGCUUCACAUUUAGUGCAACGACACAAAAACCGUCUCUCGGAAAAAAGCAUAUCCCCCCCCAAAUGUCAAACUCUUCUUUUAAAAAAAUCCUCAUAUAAUUGUAGCUAGACGAUUAAAAAUGAGACAGAAGCAAAGGGAAAGCAAACAAAAGAAUUGUUUGUUGCACAUGUGAAUCACUUUAUUUUUUGUUAAUAUAUUAAGCGGUAGCUUAAAAAUGAUGGUUUGCUUUGAAAUAAACUGUAAUAUAUAAGCUAUGUCAACACACAAUGCUAUUUUUUUUACAGCUGAUGCAACCAGAAAGACAUUCCAAAAAGAGUAAAAUAUUGCUCAAUGUCAAUGCAUAAAUGAAUUCCUUUUUUGUGACUGCACGUCAGCCAAAAGGUUUAACCUUAUGCCUGUUUAAUUUGUCAGUGUUUGCUUUGAGUUUGAGAUUCUCAUGCUCGAAUAAACCCUCAUGCAAUGUGA